UUACUGGACCAAGUUCUAGUUUCAUAAAAGAGCAUUUUCGACAAACAAUCAAGUGUAAGACAUCAACUGGUCGGCCAUAACCAAGAGUAAGUUGGUAUCUCUUUGAAUCUAAUAAAAGCGUUAAACAUAAGAUAACUGUAAAUUCGUCAAUACAGAUACUCAAUGAUAGCGAGGAUGGACUUGUAGUUGUCGAAAGUACCUUACAAUUUUACCCAAAUAGAUCGAUUAGCAAUUGGAUGUUGAAAUGUGAAGCGUGGACAGACGACGAAACCAGUGCAGUUCGUAGCAAUAUAUUGACUUUGAAUGUUGCUUAUCCUCCACAGAAACCUGUUAUCAUUGGAUUCACAGACGGUGAAAAAUAUUCACUUAUAGAAUCUGAGUUUGGCAACUUAUCUUGUUCGUCACAUGGCGGAAAUCCACUAGCUAAUUUGACAUGGAAUUGCUAUAACAGUAAACCAGCAUCUAUUACCACUGAAGACAAAACAGUUUUCAGUACUGUUACAUGGUCAGGUUUUCGUGGUCAGUCAUCUUGUCUUUGUAUUUCACAUCAUUCGUGGUCUGGAACAACGCAAACUACAACUGUAAUGAUUGAUGUUCUUUACCCUCCAAACAAACCAACAAUGACCAUCAGCAAUAAAACCGUCUCAAACGUUAUUAACGUUAUUUUGAGCAAAACCGUGCAAGUAAAAUGCGAAAGUAAAAGCAACCCACGCUCAAACUACACAUGGACAGGCCCAGCUGAUUUGAGCAAAACGAAACAAAUACUGGAUGUUACAAUUAACAACACGAUAGACAAGAUGUUUAAAUGCAUUGCAACAAAUCGAAUGGUUAGACAGAAUGGUACACAUGUAGAUGGACAUAAUGAAUCUGCUGUUACAAUAAAGGUGUUGUAUCCACCUUGGAAUCCUUAUUUCAAAUAUGAAUAUAGCAAUGGAACAAAGGUCAGUACUCAAAAUAUGAUAGACGUUAUAGAAGGAGACUCGUUUUCAGUACAUUGCAAUGCAUCAGGAAAUCCACUACCUACUUACAAGUGGGACAGCUAUGAUGACAACGGUAUUCUAAAGAUUACUUCUAUUUCAUAUGACACAAACAAAUCAUGCAAUGCAAGCAAUGUAAUGGAGGAAACAGUCGGUGAACGUCGAACAGGAUCGACAUCUGCCUCAUUUUUUUUUAUCAGGGUUCUACAUGCGCCAUACAUUCCUACGAUCACGAUUUCGAACGGAACGAGACAAUUAAACAUCGCAGCAGCAACUAUACAAUUAAGAGAAACAGACAACAUCAAUAUGACAUGUUUUUCUGAAGGAAAACCUCUCCCAAAAUACAUUUGGGAUAGCCACAAUGAUCAAAUACAAGGACGUAUACGCCAAUUUACAAAUAUUAGCCGAAAGGAUGCCGGGAAUUACACGUGUUAUGCGAGUAACCGGAUGAAACGCACUUUUGGUGACUUUGAACAAGGAUUGAACGUUUCCAGCUUGUCUCUCGAAAUAAUGUAUCCAUCAACUCUUUUAUCACUGGACGACAUAAGUAUUCUCGAAGGAUCAGACCUUAAGGUUAAAUGUCGAGUCCAGAAGGGAAACCGAACUAAAGAUAGUUUGUCAUGGACUAGAAUAAGUGAUGACAAGAAUUGGCAGAAUAGUCAACUGAUUAUAACUAACGUUUCUAGAGCAGAUGAUACAAAAUAUACUUGCACUUUACGAAGUACAGUCAUUCCAACAAUUGGUGACGAAACAUUGACCAUAAGAAGCAAAACAAUACAUCUAAAUGUUUUUUUUUCUUCAGAAAUCAAACAUUUUACUGUUAUAAAAAACAAGUCAAGUGGAACGUUUAUUGUAAAUCAAACAGAUGAAGUAUCAUUAGAAUGUAUAGCAGAAGCUAACACAGCCUCGAAUUUAUCUAUAUACAAUAAACGUGGAAAAAGGAUAUCGACUGUGAUAAACAGAAAUGUGCUGCUUUACAGCAUACAUAAUGCUUCGUACGAAAACGCAGGCAAAUAUAAAUGUGAAGGCAGAAACAACUACACAAAGGAUAAACCAUCAGUAUCAGAACUGACAAUAAUUGUCAAAUGUUCACCACGACCGUCACUUGAUAGCAUACUCCCCAAUAAGAUCGCAGUUUUUCAAUAUACCAACAAGACUUUGAAUUUUGUUGCUUAUGAAUACUUGGAUGAAGAAAAUAAAACAGAAUUUAUGUGGUUCCACAAAAAUAUAGCAAUCGAAAGAAAUGAUGAAUAAUUUGAAAUAUUCUCAACUGGAUUAAAUUCUAGCCUUUCUGUUAGAAAUAUUUCACGAUCAGAUUUUGGAGAAUACAGUGUCAAAGUGUCAAACACCAUAGGAGAGUAUAUUCAUCACUAUGUGUUGCAAGCAGAGGAUAAGCCAGGUAUGCCUAUCAAUUUAACGUACAAAUCGGGAUCAAUGACAGAAUCGUCAGUAACAUUGGUUUGGACUCCAGGUUUUAAUGGCGGCUUUCAACAGACUUUCUUUUUGUUAUAUCAACUCAAUCAUGAAGAGAAGUGGCAAAGUAUUCAUGUUCAAGAUACAAAUGAACAGACAAUGAGCUACACGUUAAGUGGCUUGUUGAGUUCUAAAACCUAUAAUAUAAGAAUGUUUGCAAGGAAUAAAAAAGGGAACUCUUCUUUUACAAGAACUUUACAGUAAACAACAAACGCAAACGCGCCGGUUGUACAUAAAACAAGUACAGGAACGUUCGUCGGUGUCGGCGUGGGUACAUUUGCAGGAACAAUAACGUUGGUCACUAUUUUUUGUUUUGUUAUAGGCGUGUUAGG